CGACAGUUGACCGUAGCCAACUUCGCCUCAAUUAUAUGCACCGGUGCAACUUUUGCUUCCAGUGUAAACUUGUGCUUUUAGGAAACGGUUUAAAGACGUUAAGAAAAUGACAGACACAGCAGUUAUCCCACCGCCAGUUAUGUGGGCCCAAAGAAAAGAAGUCGUCUUUUUAACAAUUAACUUAGAAGAUGUUAAAGAUCCUGAUAUUAAAAUUGAAAAAGAUUCAGUAUAUUUUAAAGGUGUAGGAGGUGUAGAAAAACGUGCCUACGAAGUAAAAAUUCUAUUAUACAAAGAAAUAGACCCAAAAAGAUCAAGAAGUUUCAAUAGGGAGAGAUGUAUCGAGUUUAUAUUAACGAAAGCAAAUGAUAACGAUAGUUAUUGGCCCACUUUGACAUCGGACAAAAAGAAACACCACUGGUUAAAAUGUGAUUUUAAUAAGUGGCAGGAUGAAGAUGAAUCCGGUGACGAGCUGGGCGGCGGCGGUGGUGGAAUGGGUGGAGGUGGUGGAGAUUACUUUGAAGAUAUGAUGCGACAAAUAGGCGGUAUAAAUUCAGACGCCCAAGCUAAUCCCGAAGACAUGGACGAUCUCGAUUCGGACGACGAGUCCAUUCCUAGUCUUGAAUAAUAAGGUUUAUGUAGCGCGGAAGAGAAUUUUUUAAUGUUAUUAUAUAACAUUUGUAUUCAUCUAAUAAUAUUGACCCCCAUCAUCAAUUGAAACAAAACAAAGAAUUUUUUUGUAUAGAUCUAUGUUUAUUGCGCUCUAAUUAUUAUUAUUAUUACUGUUUUUCUUUUUUUAAUUUCAAUUAAAUUAAACCAUACAAAGAGUCGUUUUGGAAUUCUCGAAUUUUUCACUCAUUCCAAUGUUAAUAAUUAAUAACGGGUUUUCUUAAUUAAUUUAUAAAAAUAUGUACAAGAUUCUCUUCUUUAAGAUUUUUCAUUUUUAAGUUUGGAUUUCCAAUUAGUUUGUUUUGUUUGUUUAGCAUGACGCAUCAAACCCCAAAGAUUCGUUUUAUGUCAUUGUGCGCUGAGAGAUAAUCAGUUUUUUUUUGUGUAAAACAAUGAAGGAUGAGGUGUUUUUAAAUCAUCACUGUGUUGGAAUAUCUUUAAUAAAAACAAAGAGCGAAAACUUUAAGCACUGA